GUCAUUCCCUCGGCACCACUCAAGUGGUGGAGGCAUAUACGGGAAAAGAUAAGAAAGUUAGUAGGAAAGAGUCACGUCGUUAAGGGUUCCAAGGACCUGGAAAUUUCCGUGCGGGGGAGAAGUCUCUUUUGAAUUUUUUGUCUGAAUCAAGAAGGGUUCAUCAUGUGGAAGUUUGCAUUGACGACGAGCCUUGUGGCUUUGGCUUUGGCCAGACCGGAACCUCCGGUUAACUCGUAUCUGCCGCCAGGCAGGGGUGGUCCUGGUGGUGGUGGCGGUGGUGGUGGCGGUGGUGGUGGUGGUGGUGGACCGUCGAAUCAGUAUGGACCACCUGGGUUUGGUGGUUCCGCUGGAUCUGGUAGCAGAUCAUCGAGUGCAGGUGGACCUUCGUCGCAAUAUGGAACGCCUGGUUUCGGUGGUGGUGGUGGUGGUGGCAACGACGGGGGUGGAUUUAAUGGAGGUGGCAAUGGUGCUGGAAAACCAUCUGACAGUUAUGGAACUCCUGGAGGUGGGAACGGGGGUUUUGGAAGAGGUGGAGGAUCUGGAGGAAGCAGACCGUCUAGUAGUUAUGGAGCUCCUGGUGGCGGACCUGGAAACGGGGGUGGCUUUGGAGGUAACGGCAAUGGAGGUAAUGGAGGUAAUGGAGGUAAUGGAGGUGGCCGAGGAAAUGGCAUUGGUGGAAGUUCGCGACCUUCGAGCAGCUAUGGUCCACCUAGUGGAAAUGGAGGCAGUGGAAGACCUUCCAAUUCUUAUGGUGCUCCUGGAGGUGGCAAUGGUGGCGGAAUUGGAGGUGGAAACGGUGGUAGAAACGGAGGUGGCUCAAGACCUUCUAGUAGCUAUGGAGCACCAGAAGGAGGUAACGUUGGCAAAAAUGGCGGUGGAAACGGAGGCGGAUUUGGUGCAGGCCCUGGAGGUCGACCAUCCAGCAACUAUGGCGUCCCUGGCGGUGGCAAUGGAGGUGACAAUGGAGGUGGCAACGGAGGCUUCGGUGGAAAUGCUGGUAGUACAGGAGGAAGACCAUCCUCAUCGUAUGGACCACCAGCUUCUGGAAACGGUGAUGGCGGCUUCGGCUCUGGAGGCGGAGGAGGUUUCGGCGGUUCUGGAGGUGCAGGCGGUAGACCAUCGUCUUCGUACGGGCCACCAGGCGCAAAUGGAAAUGGUUUCGGAGGUUCUUCGAACGGAGGUGGCUCCUUUGGAGGUUCGCAACCAUCAAGUACAUACGGCGCUCCUGGAGCUAAUGGAAAUGGAGGUGGCAGAGGUGCUGGAGGAAACGGAGGAUAUUCUUCGGGGGGGCCAGGAGAUAACGGAGGAUUCAACGGGAACGGUGGAGUUGGCGGCAAUGGCGGAGGAAGUGGUUAUGGAAGCAAUGCUGACGAGGGAAAUGACGAACCUGCAAAAUACGAAUUCUCCUAUGAGGUGAAGGAUGACGAAUCAGGCACCGAUUUCGGCCAUACUGAAACUCGCGAUGGUGAUCGUGCUCAGGGUGAAUUUAACGUACUGCUUCCGGAUGGUCGUAAACAGAUUGUGGAAUAUGAAGCAGAUCAAGAGGGAUUCAAGCCACAAAUUCGCUAUGAGGGUGAAGCUGGAAAUGGUGGAUACAGUUCAGGUGGACCAGGUGGAAAUGGAGGGGACAGUAACGGUUAUUCAUCUGGAGGUGGCGACCAAGGAUAUUCUUCGGGUGGUGGAAAUGGCGACGGCGGAUACCCCUCAGGAGGUGGAGGAAAUGGAGGAUAUCCUUCCGGUGGUGGAGGUAACGGUGGAAACGGAAAUGGUUACUCAUCCGGUGGUCCAGGUGGGAACAAUGGGUUUGGGGGAAAUGGUGGUGGUUUUGGGUCAGGCAAUGGAGGCGGCAAUGGGGGUUAUCCUUCCGGUGGUAGAAAUGGUGCUGGCAGAAAUGGUGGAGGUGGAUCAAGUGGCAAUGGCGGCGGUAAUGGCGGUGGAAAUGGAUAUCCAUCGGGUGGUCCAGGUGGAUUUGGAAAUGGUGGCAACAGCGGAAAUGGAUUUGGAAACAGCGGAAAUGGGGCAUCUGGUGGAUAUCCAUCGGGCGGUUCAAAUUCCCCAGGAUUCGGAGGUGGCAAUGGCGCUAGUAAUGGCGGCUAUCCAUCUGGCAAUGGUGGAGACGCAGAAGCCAAUGGCGGAUAUCAAUACUGAUCGCAUAGCUAAAUAAUAAAUCUCAAU